AUGUCAUCGCAGCCUAAAAUUAUAGGAAACUCGGAUUCGAAAUCAGAUCGACAAUUAAAAAAAUACAAAGACAUUAUGAGUUAUAGAAAUGAUGCUACAGAAAAUGAGCACAACCUCUUGUAUCGAGCAGCAAUCGUUAGAGUAUAUGACGCAUCGAAACGAAAGGAGGGCUAUAGGGUUCCUAUGGUUCACCUUGUCGAUCUAUUCAGUAAAGAUAGCAUGAUGGUGGAUUGGAGCGAGAGUUCUGGAUUACCGUGGUGUGAGAUGAAAUAUGAUACAAAGGGGCAAAUCCGAGAUGACCCAGAGGCCAUAAGGCAAGUGAGAAAGUUCUGGCAUCUUGUAAAGGACGGAGAUGACGUUAUUUUUCCUGAUUGUUUGGUCCACACGCAAAAUAACAAAACAGCAGCUACCAGUACAGUGUGGACGUAUCCUGCGACAGUCAAUUUCGGAGAAGCAGUCUUUACAGUUGGACUUUUAAAAGCAUUUAGUGAACAAGGGGACCUCGGUGUUAUGGCUUACGAAUACAUCUCUAGUGCUGAUGGAAGAGACCGUUUGCGCAACAGGCUUCAUCAACAGGACAGGUUCUUUGUAAGACUAAAUUUUGAUGAGAAUAGUGUACCAUCUUGGGUGAUACAUGAAGCAUUUCGUAUAUUAUGGUCUCAUAUAGAUUUUAAACAAUAUGCAGGCGGUGGAGUACCCGAUGCUGAAAAAAUGUUUCGAAUGCUUGAAUGUAUAGAAAAUUACUUUAUCAACACUACUAUUAAGCUUCCGAAUGGCUUAAGACUCAUGAAAUCAUGUGGAAUACCUCGAGGUAGUUACUUUACAUUACUAGUUAGUUCAGUGGUGUCUCUAAUACUUCUAGAAUAUUUAAGUCUCCACAUUGAUGGGACAUAUACCGAAGACAGCGUUGCCAAUGGAAAUGAAUGUAUCGCACGAAUUAGCUCUUAUUGGGAUUUAGAUUUGUGUCAAAGAGUUAUUAAAAAAGAAUUUGGCAUAACUUUUAAUGCACCUCAAUGUCAAAUGAGCAAAAAUAUAAAAUGUAUACAUUUCUUCAAAAACACAUAG